AUUAAAAUAUCGCGAGAAUUCGAAUCAAACUUGGACCUGCAUCCCAUUACCGUUCAGUUCUCGUUUUUGUUAAACAGUCCCGUGUGCCAUCAUCACUCACCGUCUUUAAGACUCAAUGAAGGCUGUGAUUCUCGCCGCCGGCUACGGUACGAGGCUCCAGAGGGACGUUGCCUCGGACAGCAGCGGGAAGUUCGCUCACCUGGCGGGGGUCGCUAAGCCGCUCCUGCCGGUGGGGAGUUGCGCGUUGAUCUCCCACUGGGUCCAGGCUCUGACCUCCUGUGGGUUUGUGGACUACAUUUACGUGGUGACGAACGCUCUUUACGAGGCUGCAUUUCAGGAGUGGGCUCAAAAGUUCACGAAUGUCAAGAUACUCAGCGAUCAGACGAGAAGCAAUGAAGGGCGCCUUGGAGCUGUGGCCUGCCUACAGCUGGCAGUACAUCACUUUAAAAUUGAGGACCAUGUUAUUGUUGUAGGGGGAGACACCCUCUUCAAAGAGGACUUCAGUCUGAAAGAGGUGCAGAAGAGGUUUGCAGAUGUCCAAGCCGGGAGUGAAGACAGCUGUGUGGUGCUGUCAUACCUGUGCAGGGAUGAGGAAACCAAAAAAUAUGGAAUUCUGGAAGUAGAUGGAGCUCUGCAGGUCUGCUGCAUGAAGGAGAAACCUCUCCCUUCAGACACCAAGUCCAGGAGGGCAUGCCCUUGCUUCUAUGUGCUUUCAAAGAACAGCCUUCAUCUGCUGGACACAUUCCUCAAGGAAAAGAUGGAAGCUCCUAUUGAAGAGAAAGAUGCUCCUGGAAAUUUUAUAUCUUGGCUUAUUUUAAGAAAUCCAGUUUAUGUUCAUGAAAUAUCUGGACGUUUUGAUGUUGGAAAUUUGCCUUCCUAUAUCGAGUGUGACCUUUACUUUAAAAAAAAUCUCCUGGAUGUAAAAUCCUAUAUGGUGUAAAGAAACCAAGAACAUAAACUGUUUUGCAUAAUUCUGCGCCCAAUUAAAGAGUGAUUAAAACAAA